CUCCAUUAGUGGUAAGUAAAGUAUAUUAUGUAAACAAAAACACUUUCUCUCAUAUACAAUUAUAGAUUACUUGUUGUCAGAAGAGUUUGUUCCCAGUAGUGAUUGAAUUAGCAAGGCUGUCUUAACUGAUGAUAGAAUCAUGAAUAUUAUAUGCAAAAGUCUUAACAAUAGUCCACAAGAUCAACAUAUGGCCGCCCCUAACGAAUUCUUGAAUAAAAACGUCAGUGAUAUUAUAUAUCUCCUAAAAGUGCCUCUUAGUGAGUACCCGCUCAUAAUGGUAGAAGUCUAAAAAAAAAAAGUUAAUGACAAAUACAUAUCUCGUGCAGCACGUUACUCAACAUCAGUUUAUAAAAAAAAAUACAGUAAAUACUCGAUUAUUUUAAUAAUUGGUGUAUCUACGGUAACCACAUCAGUAACCAGAAAGCUAGCUCCAUCUACGGCUUACCCAUAUAGUCUAGAAGUUCCAUGUCUCUUUUGGGCCAAGCACUAUUUACUAAUGUCUUCAAGCACAUUAUCAAAAACUGUAUCAAUUGAGCAAUUAGAUCCUUUAGCAGCUAUUGAUAUGUUUUUAUGCUCACAAAAACUCUCGAUAAAACACCUUGAUUGUGGCUCUGAUGACUCUACUAUGAAACUUUUAUAUAAAGUGGCAAUGAUCUACGUUCAGCAAUUAGUUGGUGAGGAAACAGAGAAAGCAGAAGCUAUUAAGUUAAUUUGUGAUAAUACAGAGAACCAAAUAGAAAAAUAAAAAGAUGUGUCGAUAAAAAUAAAAAAAAUUGGAUCUCUAAAAAAACUGAGUGCAAAAUGGAUCCUUAUUUAUAUCUUGUGGAGAACUGGGUUACUUUGUGACAGGAACAGAAUGAAAGAAGAAUAUUUCCCAUAAAAUGAUUAAAGUUAUUUUUGUCUGAGCUCUAGUCUUUGCCCUGAUUAAAUUAUUCGUGCUCACUCUAACCGGUUAUUUUCCUUGAAACCAAAUAACGAGAUCUCGUUUGUUCAUACUU